AUGGAGGCGGCCACUUCGAAAUUCGAUAAGGAGAAGUUGGGCGAGCGCAUUGCUGCUCUUUCAGGAGGCAUCGCAAGGAUCAUGAUUGGCGCAUCCACGGAGACCGAACAGAAGGAGAAGAAGCUACGUUAUGAAGAUGCGAUCAAUGCAGUACGGGCGGCCAUUGAAACUGGGUACGUUCCCGGGGGUGGCGUCACAUAUCUCGCCCUCAGCACAGAACAGUUCCGGAAGAAAGUCUUGGACGCAGUGGAACAGACCGCCCGUGAGGAGAUGAAGGGAGUAGACGAGUCAACAGGCGAGGAGUUCCAAGUUGUUGAGGAAAUGGAAAGCGAAAUUGAGCUGCAGAAAGCUGGAGCCAACAUUGUAGCGGAUUCAAUGCCAUCUAUUACGAAACAGAUCGCAUCGAACGCUGGAUUGGAUGGCGAACGCGUAGUAAACGCAAUUUUGAAUGCAAAGAAGCCAUUCGGGUUCGGUUGGAAUGCCAAAACAAACAGGUUCGGGGAUAUGAUUAGCCAGGGUGUUAUUGACCCAGCGAAGGUCUGUAUUUCCGCAAUCGAACAUUCAACUUCUGUUGCUGGACUGGUGCUCACGACGGAGGGCAUGAUGAUUGAGGAGGAGCAGGACCGGAAUAAGUCUGCUCCUCAUGAGGAUGGUGAGCUGUAG